UAGAAAAUAUUCUGAUUUCUGUGAUUCUAAAUUUCUAACACUACAACAUAAAAAUAAUACAAUGUUUAUUUAAAUAUAUUUUUACAAAAAUAUAUUCGGUCUCCUCGUGUACACAUUACUUUGAGUGCUUAAACUACGUUUGUGUUGUUGACUAGAACUGCACUAUAAUUAUGUCUUUGUCUAGAAACCUAAAAUCCAUUAUCACCAAAAUAAUAGUUUCGGAUGGGAGGUUAUGUUCGUUUAGAUUUUAUUCAGAUGAGGCUAAUGAUGAAAAUAAAAAAGAAGUCGACCCAACUAAAGAUAGGACUAAGGUUAUACCAAUAGAAACAAGCAUGAAGUAUCUGCAAAGUAAAGCGUACAAUGAAACAUAUAGCGACAAACCAGUGUGGAUCUUAUAUCGCCGUAAUCACAAAGGGGGAUUUGCUCCCAGGAAAACUAGAAAAUCUUGUGUCCGAAAUGGCAUGAUCUCCACGGGUAAUCCCUGUCCCAUUUGCAGGGAUGAGUAUCUAGUAUUAGACCCUAGAAACACAAAAUUGCUUGAACAAUUCGUAUCACAAUACACUGGACAAGUUUUGGACGCAUUUAAGACAGGGCUUUGCAGAAAAAAACAAAAGGAAUUGUUGGUAGCUAUUGAACAAGCAUGGGAUCAAGGAUAUUUGACUUAUGAUGUUCCAUUCAGAGAAUAUGAUUAUUCAUUAUAUACCAACACAACAGUUAAUAAGCAAUGAAAAUUUAAUACAAACUGUAAUCUUAGGUGCUUACAUAGAUAGAAUUAAAUAAAAGUUUAAUUACA